AAAGAAAUGUACGGGAAUAAAAUACCAGGAAUGAAAAAGAAUGGUUAUUCCUUAUCAAAUUUGACAAGGAAUAAUUUUGUUAUUUAAUUCUCUACAAAAAAGGGAAUGAAAGGGAAUGAGAGGAAAUUAUUAUUCCUUGUGAAUGGUAAUUUUUUUUAGGAACGUUAGGGAAUACAUUAUUCCUCGUCGUUCCCUGGUCACCAUUCAUACCCUCUCUACACUGGAGGAACGCUCUCUCUCUCUCAUAAACUCUCUCUAAAAAAAAAAAAACCUUGAUCUAGAUUUGAUUUGGUGGCCGGCGGUUUGCUCCCGUCGCCGUCGGUCACCUCCCCCUCUCCUCCUUGCUUUUCCCGUUUCUUGUCGUCGCUUGCCUCCCCCAUCUUCCUUGCUUCUUUGCUGUCUGCUCUGUAGCUCGUCGUCACCGCGGUAGAGAUCUGACGUCUUCAGCCUUGGAGUAGCAGCGAAGUGAGGCGGUGAGGAUGUGGUUAGCGAUUCCCCUGGUCGAGUGCGGCGGCGAAAGCUCAGAUGUGGUGUCAGAUCUAGUUUUUGGAAGCGGGUUCCUCUCCUUCCUCGUCUUGUCGUCUCUUCCUUCUCGGUGGGGGUGACUGUCUUGCAUGGUCCGAGCCGUUGUUGGUUUCUGAUGGUGUGCUCGGUUUCCCAGAGGACUUGUCGGAGAAACUAUCGGUUCUGUGUGGGCUGCUCUGUUGCGGGUUCUCCGCCGCAGGCGCGUGUGGGGCUGAGCGUCGUCGGACUUGUCAACCACGGCUCUUCUUCCUCUGUGACGGCACGUGUUGAGACCAGCUAGUCUCAGGACUGGAUCUAGGGCUUGUUCCUGACCGUUUUCGACUCAAAUCGGUGCUAGCUUGUUUCUUUCUUCUUCAUUGCAGGUUCGAUAGUGUGGUGGCGUCUCUGGUGGUCCUUCUCUCCAAAUAAUGCUCAUUGUCUAUGCGGGUGUGCUUGUAUGGGUGUGGCUCUGUUUUUGAUGGCUGCAGAUUAGGAGAUCUUUCAUUAGCUGUUCUUGCGGAGCCAAUCUUUUAGAACUGAUCAUCGGGCAUUGCCGAAUUCUACCGGGUUCAGUUCUCGGUUUCAUCGCAGUUUCUCUUUUGCGGCAAGUGUUUGAUUGACUUGGAUGUAUCCUCUUGUUAGAAGCUUUACUUGAAGUCCCUGCCUAGAUAGAUUGAGUAUGUGUUUAGUUUCAUUUUUGCAUCUUCUGUUCCUUGUUUCUAGGUUGUUCUGUUACAAAGAAAAUUGGUUAUAAAAUUUAACAUUUUUACCCCAAAAAAAAAAAAAAAGUGUCAUCGGAUGUCGUUAAUAUAGGAUGCCGUAACGUAAAAUAAUAGCCUGCCCGGUUUAUGGAACUACGUUUGUAUCGACGUACAAUAGAUUUUAGCAGAUUUCAAGGGAUUCAUGUGUUUCGAGGCAACUACAGCCCCGAAUUUUAUUUCCAUGGUUAAUUUAGGAAUUGUGUGCAAAACUCCAUAUAUUGCACCAUCUUGGUUUCUGGAGUGCAUGCCUUUUAUGGAGGACGACGCAACUAGUACAAGCUUUCUUCUUCAGAAAAAAAAACAAAUAGUACAAGCUACUUGCUAAUGCCAAAACAUAUUGUAUACGCAUAUAAAUAUAUUUUUCAUGUAUUACGACAAUCAGAGCAUCCACAUUGAGACUUGUAAAGGGGUUCAUGGGCUCAGUAUCAUAAGGCCGGAAUUAAAAAAAAAAUAAAAAAAUGGGUUUUAUUUUGCGAGCCGGGCCUUCCCAGUGACCCCGUAGGAGACGGGUUCAUGCCAGGUGUCACGCAGCUAUUAGCGACGCGUUAUUGACGUGAGGAGGAGGAUCGCGUGUAGAGAAUCAUUUUUCCUCAUUUCUAAAAAAAUCUAGGGUUUGCUCCCGAGAGACGAUUUGUCGAGCGAUCGUCUCCUCUCAUCUCAUUUCUUCAAAUUUCUUCACUAUUCUUCAUCGAUUCGAGUAGAGAGUGUCUCCUCCACGUUAAUAGGUGAGUAUCGAGUGGAUUCACCGAUACAUCUUUGCGUUUCAGUUCGAUUAGUGGGAUUUUAAAAUUAGGGUUCGUAUACGAUUUUGGGGGUUUUCGAUUCUAGGUUUUAAAUCGUCUUCUGGGUUUCAUAUAGGGGUAGAUCGAAGCAUUUCGUUGUAGAUUAGUGUGAUUUUCAAAAUAGGGUUCAUAUUCAAAUUUGGGGGUAUUCGAUUGUAGGUUAUAAAUGGGCAUAUGGGUUUCAUAUAGGGCUAGAUCGAAGCUUUUCCUUGUCGAUUAGUGAGUUAAUUUUGAAUUUUGGGGGUUUCGAUUUUAGGUUUUAAAUCAAUAUUUUUUUGUGAUGUUGUUGUAAUCCGUUUGGUUAUCUGGUUCAGAUGGAUCCCGCAGAGGAGAGAAGAGAUACAAAGAGGCAUCAGGAGUACAUAAACAUGUUGGGAAACGUUUGCGAUUCAGAAUAUGGAAUUCCAAGACGAUGUCCCUGUGGUGGGAGAAUGAUUGACGAGGUGCGGGUGAAGGAGGAGCACGAGACUCAUCCUGGAAAGCGCUUCUUUACCUGCAUAAACUACGAGGCUGAUGGGUUACAUUAUCGUCAGCCUUGGGUUGUAGGUGUCCAGGAGGAGAUCGAACAUCUGCGUAAGCGUGUGGACGAGGCUGAGGAGGUGAUCAAGUGGGUGCCCAAUAUCAAGAGACAGAUAGAGAGUGUAGAGGCACAGGUUAAAAGGCUCGCUCUGCUGGUUGAUAGGCUCAUUGGUGACGUUUAUAACCUCACUGUGCAGGUGGAUACUCUGGAGAAGGUCUGCUUCGAUUAAAAUCCAAAAGGUAAACACCUGAUCUUGAACUGAACUAGAACUGAACUUGACUAGGUUGCUGGCUGAACUAGAACUGAAGUUGAGUAGGUAGGUUCCGUGUUGUAUUAAUUAAAGUGAAUUGAAGUAGAAGUAGCUUCAGUGUAUUAAUUGAUAUUCUCUGAAAGUAAAGUGAUGCUCUGAAAGUGAAUUGAACUAGAAGUAGUUUCCGUGUAUUAAUUGAACUAGGGUGGUUGGUGGUAGUGAUGAAUGCUCUGAAAGUGAUGUGAUGCUCUGAUAGUGGUUGUGUUUUGAUGAAUGCUAUCUAUUUUCGUGGUUGGUAGUUAGAAACUUUAAAACACACCAUGUUUGGUAGUUAGAAACUUUAAAACACAUUGAGUUAAAACUUUAAAACACACCAAGUUACAUCACCCAAAAUAUUAGUUUAAAUACAUAGUAAAUCCUACUGAGGUUAACUCAAACCAAGUUCUAAAACAGAAACUAACUUUAAAACACACCUACGGAAACCUUAAUGGAUCCGUUUUCCCUUAAUUCUCCCGGGUCUUCUCGUGUUCCCAAACCGGUUGAAAGGAAAAAGUGGACACCACAAGAAGAUAUAGUCCUCAUCAGUGCUUGGUUAAACACCAGCAAAGAUCCCAUAGUUAGUAACCAGCAGAAGUUGGUGUCUUUUUGGAGAAGAAUUGAGGAAUAUUUCAAUUCAAGCCCUCUGCUAACAGGGUCUUCUGGAAGAGAGUGGAGUACAUGUAAGCAGAGGUGGGGAAGGCUAAAUUCCGAGGUUUGUAAGUUUGUGGGAAGCUAUGAGGCCGCUUUGAAGGAGCAAGCUAGUGGCCAAAAUGAGAACGAUGUCAUGAAGGCUGCCCAUAACAUCUUCUUCAACGACUACACGGGCAAGUUCACACUUGAACAUGCGUGGAGGGAGCUGCGGUUCGAUCAAAAGUGGAGGUCAACUUAUUUAACAACAGAUGGUGCAAAGGAGAAAAGGAAGGAAGCUACAGAGACGGUGCCUGACUCGGAAGAAGAGGUUAGACCACCUGGUGUUAAGGCUUGCAAAGCAGCCGCCAAACGCAAGAAGCAUGGGAAUGAAGCAGCAUAUGAUCGACUACAGACCAUUCUAGACAUGAAACAGAACAUAUCCAAACAGAAACUACUAGAUCGUCUCCUCUCAAAAAAAGAUACUCUAACUGAUAGUGAGGUGUCUCUCAAGGACAAACUCGUAGCUGAGAUGCUUUGAUCUGGUCAGUGAUUACAAACGUAGUAGUUUAGGUUGUUUUCUUGAGUAUUUGCGUAGUUGUUUUAGGUUGUUUUGCUGAUAAUGAAUGUUAAUUGGAACUAUGACUGGUUUGGAAUUUGAGUUGUAUAGUCAUUUUAUUUCAGUUCAUCAAAUAGUAGUAGUAGUUUCGUUGGCUUUAAUUGGAACUAUGCCUGUUACAAUAAAUAGUAGUAGUAGUUUCUUUG